AUGUCAUCUAGAAGGCAUAGGCACCCAUCAGGCAGUGAGAAAAGGAAAAAGAGGAAACGCUUAGAUGAGUUGACAGAAUCACAAAGAGGAUCCAUUGAUAAAUUUUUUAAGCACAAUACUAGCGCUUCGAGAAAUCAAGAUGAGUGGGCGAUAGUUGCUGUGGAAGAACAACCUAACACUAAUCCAGAAGAUCAAGACCCUACCGAUGACAAUGUUGGCAUCAAUACAGAUGAUGAUAUUAACAAUGUGAGUAAUCAUGUGCCCUCUACCAGUGUAGAUGAAGAACCAGUUUUUACUACAAAUAUGUAUGAUCCGGUAAACUGGGACAAUCUUGAUAAUAAAGCAAGGGAUACAUUAGUGGAGAAAGGACCUAUAAGAGAAGAAAAUAUUAUAUUUCCUUUGGAUGCCAACUCAAGACAUUUUUCAUACAGUCAUUACUCUAGAAAAAUGAAAAAUGGAGAGCUACGUGACAGAAAAUGGUUAGUCUAUUCAAAACAAGUUGACAAAGUAUUUUGCUUUUGUUGUAAGCUUUUUGGUUCUCACAACCGCAAGAGCUAUUUGGGGCUUGAUGGUUUUAGAGAUUGGAGGCAUACUAGUGAGAGGCUGAGAGAGCAUGAAGCUAGUGUUGAUCAUAUUAUCAACAUGAACUCUUGGAAUGAAUUGAGAGCUAGACUAAGCAAAAAUAAAACGAUUGACAAGGAGUUGCAACAGGAGAUUGCAAAGGAGAAAGAGCGCAUAAGGAAAGUCAUGCUAAGAAUAGUUGCUAUUGUGAAAUUUCUUGGUAAACGAAGUUUAGCAUUCAGAGGAUCUAGUGAGCAACUUUACAAUGAUCUUAAUGGAAAUUUCUUUGCUUGUUGUGAGAUGAUUGCAGAAUUUGACUUUGUAAUGGAAGACCACAUUAGACGGUUUAAAAACAAAGAGAUUCGGUAUCAUUAUCUUAGUCAUAAAAUUCAGAAUGAGUUGAUUUCUCUUAUGGCCUCUGACAUUACAAAUUCUAUCAUAAAGACUGUUAAAGAAGCCAAAUAUUUCUCAGUUAUCCUUGAUUGCACCCCUGAUGUGAGUCACCAAGAACAAAUGAGUUUGUUGGUUCGAUGUGUUGAUAUGUCUGAUGGAAAAAUAAAAAUUGAAGAGUACUUUCUUGGUUUUUUAAAGGUGGAUGACACAUCUGGUGAAGGGCUUUUCAAUGUUUUGCUUGCUUCUAUCAAAUCAUUUGGUCUCAAUAUUGGUGACAUUAGGGGCCAAGGCUAUGACAACGGCUCUAAUAUGAAAGGAAAAAAUAAGGGAGUACAAAGGAGGUUGCUUGAUAUAAAUCCAAGAGCUUUGUAUAUGCCUUGUGCUUGCCACAGUCUUAAUCUUACUCUUUGUGAUAUGGCGAAAUCAUGUCGUAAGGCUAUUUCAUUCUUUGGAGUUGUGCAACGGAUAUAUGUAUUAUUUGCUAGUUCUACCAAGAGAUGGAGUGUUUUGCUUGAACAUGUCAAAAAUUUAACUGUGAAAUCAUUGAGCAGUACUCGUUGGGAAAGUCGAAUUAAAAGUAUCAAAGCAAUUAGAUAUCAAGCUCCUGAACUAAGAUCAGCUUUGCUAUCAUUGAGUGAAGAUAGUGACACUGAAGCCAAGGAUAGGAGUGAUGCAAAAAAUUUAUUUGAUAUCCUUGGCAGCUUUGAGUUCAUACUUGGUAUGGUUAUUUGGCAUGAUAUUUUGUUUGCUGUAAAUACUGUAAGCAAGAAGCUGCAAUCACCAUCCAUGUACAUUGAUUCUACCUUACAACAGAUAGAAGGAAUGCUGAGUUAUUUUGACACCUAUAGAAAUGAAGGAUUUGCUUCGAGUAUGAUCAUUGCCACUGAAAUUGCAUCUGAAAUGGGUGUAGAGACAACAUUUCCAGUAAAGCGUCGUGCUACUAGGAAGAAACAAUUUGAUGAAACUGACUACAAUGAAGCGAUUUUGCAAGCUGAGAAGGACUUUGAAGUUAAUUAUUUUCUUGUUAUGGUCGACAAUGCAAUCAGUUCACUAAAAAGUAGAUUUGAGGAACUCCAAUCAUUCAAAGGUAUAUUUGGGUUUAUAAUGAGUUCAGAAACCUUGAAGUCAUUGGAUAGUGAUGGACUAAAAGAGUGCUGCACCAAAUUUUCAGAAACUUUCUCUCUAGAUGGUUCAUCUGAUGUUGAGAUAAAUGAUCUAAUUUCUGAGUUAACUGUUAUGCAGUCCACUUUGCCAGAUAGAUCAAUGUCUGCUAUGGAGAUUUUUGAAUUUGUCCAUGAAGCUGAUUGUUAUCCUAAUAUUUCUAUUGCAUACCGGAUCUUAUUUACUGUGCCUGUGACAGUGGCAUCAGCUGAAAGAAGCUUUUCAAAGUUAAAACUAUUGAAGAAUUAUCUAAGGUCCAUAAUGUCUCAAGAAAGGUUAAAUGGUUUGGCCACUUUAUGCAUCGAGAAGAAAUUAUUGGAUCAGAUCAACAUUAAUGCCAUCAUCGAUGAUUUCGCAUCGAGAAAUGCUAGAAGAAACUUUUAA